GAAACUAUAUGACCAAGUUUGUGUCAGAUCAAUGGAUGGUGGCUAGAGACUUUUUGCCAUGCGAAUCUUCGACAGAAGCGAACAAAUGGUGGUGGAACAUACCGGUGUCGAAAUUACCAUUGAAAAAGCCCAUAUUGUUAAAGGGGAUGUCGUGCCAAGAUCUCGUGGAUUUCUUGAAAUCCGCAAAUCACAUUCAGCAAUUGUUAGUAACUGACGAGAAGGAAAUACGCGUGAAGGGCGUUGUCACAUUGGACGUGCUCUUUUCUAAUUUAAUCUCCGGUUCGGUGAAGCGAACUGAUAUCGCUGAGAAAGUCAUGAUCAAGCAGUUUACGAAAGUUACAGCCUCGACUACACUCGGUAAACUGUCGCGUAUCCUCGAGAAAGAACCUUACGCCGUGGUUGUAAACGACGAUGAUGCCUUAGUCGGACUUGUAAAUCAAAGCGAAAUUUUUAAUUUUAUCACUAAGGAUGAUGAUUGCAACGUGAAAUAAUGAAACUGUACAAAAUGUCCGUCCGCAUUGUA